AUGGGCUGGCUCGACUCUCUUUGGGGGAGGAGAAGUGACGAUCCCUUGCAAGACUUUGAUCCCAAAGUCCGUGAGUUCCUGCGAAAGGAAGCGCCCGUCAAGUACGACAGCAGCAAGCCCAAGCAGGACGGACAAACUCAACAACCAGUAGUGGGCGAUUCGGGUGCGGCGACCACAUUCAGCGAGCAGACAGCAAAACGCGAUACUGCGACGAAUACAGUACCGAAAGAGUCGCUUUACCAGGACGGCCGCUAUGCGCACCUGUGGAAAACCUACAAGCCUCUCGGCGAGGUUGAGAGCGAGACCAAGUCCGACCAUGAAAAACUGCAGGAUGUCCUAGAUUCAUUCAAGAGCCGGAAGGCAGCGAUCGGUCAGGCAGCUCUUGAGAACUGUUCCGAGGAACAGCUCGACUGGAACAACUGCAUGAAGAGCGGGUCACUGAAGGCGCGCAUGGCCAUGUGCAGGGACGAAGUGCGGAAGUUUGAGAGGUGCUAUAAUAUGCAGUCGAGACUUCUCAAGGCCCUAGGCUACAUCAAUGCGAUUGACCGCUCACCAGAGAUGGACGAGAGGAUACAAAUGCAUGCCGACAAGCUCUAUCACCAGAUGCUCGAGCAGGAGGCCGCCAUCGAGAAGGCCAAGGCGGAAGGCCUGCCCGAACCCAGAUUUGAGCCUUUUGUACCCAAGGUUGGCGAAGACCGCAUCGCAAAUAUGAGCGACGAGGCGAAGAAGAGAUACCAAGACGCACUGGCGAAGGUGGAUGAAAAAGAACGGGAGGCCGAAGCGGCUGCUAUUCAGGCCGAGCUGAGGUCAAAAGAGGCCAUGGUGGGCAAAGUGAAGGAGCUGUGGAAAGAGCAGGAGGCGGAGAGGCAAGCACGGAAGGCGAGGGGCGAAGAAACGUUCAAGGACAAAGUGGCGGCGAUACUUGGCACGCCUAACUCGACGUCAGAUAAGAAGAACUGA